GCCCAGCGCAACCGCCCUCCCGCCCCGCCCUGAGCAAAGGGCGCCGCCCCCAGCGGGGCACCACGGGCCCGGUGGUUGGGCUGUGCCGCGCGGUGCCGCUGCCUCCCACCCUGGGUACUCAGGGGAAGCCGGAAACUCGCUCGCCAUGUCGGCUGCGGAGGCGGGGGGUGUUUUCCGCAGAGCCCGGGGCAGGACCCUGGACGCGUUUCCCUCAGAAAAGGAAAGGGAAUGGAAAGGCCCAUUCUACUUCAUCCAAGGCACAGACCCACAGUUCGGGCUCAUGAAGGCCUGGUCCACCGGGAACUGUGACAGCGGCGGUGAUGAGUGGGGGCAGGAGAUCCGUCUAACUGAGCAAGCUGUUCAGGCCGUCAACAAGUUGAAGCCCAGACCCAGAUUCUUUGUUCUCUGCGGGGACCUCAUCCACGCCAUGCCAGGGACGCCCUGGCGGAAGGAGCAGACCGCGGACUUGCAGCGGGUGCUGGCCCGCGUGGACAGCGACAUCCCGCUGGUGCUGGUCAGUGGCAACCACGACUUGGGCAACGCCCCCACGCCCGAGACCGUGGCAGAGUUCCAGCGGACCUGGGGGGACGACUACUUCAGCUUCUGGGUCGGGGGCGUCCUGUGCCUCGUGCUCAACUCCCAGUUCUGGUACGAUGCCUCCCGGUGCCCCGCCUUGAAGCAGGCGCAGGACCAGUGGCUGGACCAGCAGCUGAGCAUCGCGGGCCAGCGCGAGUGCCAGCACACCAUCGUCUUCCAGCACAUCCCGCUCUUCCUCCAGAGCAUCGACGAGGACGACGACUACUUCAGCCUCACCAAGUCUGUGCGCAGGGAGGUGGCUGACAAGCUCGUCCGAGCAGGGACAGUCCCGAAAAGCGUUGUGUUUCCAGCGUGCAGUGAACCUGUGCUGAGGAUUAAACCCAUCAUCUCUGAAACUCACAGCGACUCCAUGAGGGAUCUGUUGGCAUCCCUUUUUGAAAAUGGAGGAAAUGGACAUUCAGGGAGGGACCUUGGGAAGAGGGAGCCUCGACUCGGUCCAACAACUGUCUGGGCUGGGAAAUGGCAUGGAGUCGUCAGCAGCCGGGUCGGGUGGCUGAGGUCCCACGGAGGCAGUGGUCGUCCCGAGGGAAGACAUGGGCGUGGCCGGUUCCCCAGGGAAGACCACCAGGUGUCACAGCUGUGUUCUCAGGCCACUACCAUAGGAAUGCCGGGGGCACCUACCAGAACUUGGACAUGGUGGUGUCAUCUGCCAUCGGAUGCCAGCUGGGCCAGGACACCCACGGGCUCCGACUUGUCGUGGUCACUGCCGAGAAAAUCGUUCACCGCUACUACAGCUUGGAUGAGCUGAGUGAGAAGGGGAUAGAAGAUGACCUCAUGGGCCUGAUGAAGGAAAAGUGAUGGUGGCUGGCGAUCUCGUGUUUCACUUCCCCUGGUUUUUUACUUUACCAGAAGCAGCAGGUACGCACCGUCCCUUGUUGAAACGUAAAAGUACUCCAAGCCGAUGUGUGGAUUUUUGUCCUUUUGCAUAAAUCAGAGAGCUGGGUCCUCUCCUCCUAUCCUAAAUUGUAUUCAAAGUAGAGCUUCCCUCCCUUUAAAAAAGAGAGGAGUUGGGGGAACUGGAAAAUAAAAGAAUAAAUGAUUCUAGCGUCUCUCUGCUUGGAUGCUUGAAUAAAUUCUCUGAGUGCUGUGUCCCUCAGCUCUGCUUGUGAAUUAGUGCUUGUGAAUUAGCAUGUGAUAAAUGUCUACCUGUCGACCUCCAUCCUACCUUGAUAGCCAAGUGUGGUCUUUGAAAAUUCUGUGAUCAGUUCGCAUCCAAUCGUACUAAAUUGUGGUCACAACUCCCAAAGUGCUAGGCAAAACACGGGUCAUCUCCUUUCCUUCCUAACAAAGCACAUGACUGUAACCCAUUAGAGCUACGCAGGCUUGCUUUUACAAGGAGCUGGGUAGACCACAUCUGCUACUAAAUUUUGAGACUCCUGGCAUUGUUGACAACGCGGUCGGUACAAGUCAAAGUUGAACUUGCCUUCUGGGUGACAAGAAAAUCCUGCUUGGCACAUGAACGGGCCAUCUGUAGAAACCUCAUCACAGAGACUAGAACUGAAGCCCCACACCCUGGCUUCGUUCACAUUCACGUCUGACAGCGUGGCGACCCUGCAGAUUGGCGUCCUCGUGGAAUGGGAGUGGCCUCCGCUUAUGAGACUCUUCCCUGUGUCCGCUUGGACAGAGCAAGUGGGAGUUGCUGCAGAGUUCUCCAAGGGAGCAAAGCAGAGACUCUGGUGGGGCAGGAGUGGAGCUUUUGGCCCCAUCAUCUAAAUCAGCCCUGGCUUUGAGGAAAUGCACCGUAUCCCUUGACGAAGGAGCACGGGCGGUUUGAAAUCAGUGUCAUUUUUACGUGAUCUCCUUUGCUGCUGCUUUGCCACCGCCACUGACCGUGGCGCGAUCUCGUCCGUCACCCUGGCGGACGGGGAGCCUGGGCUGUCUGUCCUGCCGGGAAUAUUUCACAACGCCGUGCAGUAGUAUGCUGGCAUACGCAUACAGAUGGGCUGCAAAGUCCAUUAAACCACAAGACUUUCGUGUUACAGAGUUUUAGUCAAUGUGGCAAAACCGUGAGACAUUAAAUAGGAAGAUAAUUGGAUAUGUAAAUUCAUAAGGAAAAAAGAUGAGAAGUUAAUUAUACUACAGAUCCGUGAUGCACCAUAGCUCUUCACUGUGUGGCACAAGAAAAUUAGAAUUUUUCAAAAUUAGAAUGCCCUUAUUUUAGGACUUUGCUGCAGUCUUGAUUUGUGUUCCAUUUUUCUUUACAACAGGUGUGGAUUGAGGAGGUCAGGAACAGCAGUUCAGUAAAAGGUGUAACUUUUUGUUUCAUUUUAUUUGGGGGAGGAUAUGGAUUAAAUUAAAAGCAAUGGAAAGGAAACGUCUAAGUCUCCUUCCCCAGAAACCUAAUAUGUAAAAGAAUUGAUUCAAGACACAGCAAAGAUAUGCUAAGAAUAGGGAAUCCUAUGAAAUUCUAACCAUUUUUUAAGUAACCACCAAUAUUCCCUCAUGGUAGUUGGUUCAGAAGAAGUUAGGAAAUGAUUUUGUAGAUGAGUGUGUAUCAUUCUGAUAAUAGAUAAUUACCAAUGUACUCACUUAUGAUUGCUUUUUCUUUAAAAGAAAAAAACACAUUACAGAAUAAGUGCCUUAUACUCUGGAAAACAAUAAAAUACUCCAUGAUCCUAA